AUGGCGGCGCUGGCGCCCGAGCGUUUCGAGGGCCCCGGGGACGCCGCCUCGGCCGCCCUGGACGAGCUAUCCCGGAACUUCACGUAUGGGGCGUCCGGCACCGGCAACGGCUCCCUGUCGGGCGAGUGGUACCGCAGGAACCAGAUUCACCUUUUUGGAGUUUUGUUGGCUAUUUUAGGAAAUUUGGUAAUCAGCAUUUCUCUAAAUAUUCAGAAAUACUCUCAUCUUCAGUCAGCACACCACGAACACCCUAGGCCACUCUUCAGGAGCAUGAUAUGGUGGGGUGGACUCGUACUCAUGGCUGUAGGAGAGACUGGGAACUUCGCAGCCUAUGGAUUUGCCCCUGUUACUCUCAUUGCUCCGUUAGGUUGCAUGUCUGUUACAGGUAGUGCCAUUAUUUCUGUUAUUUUUCUGAAAGAAAAUUUGAGAGCCUCAGACUUACUAGGUACGACAUUGGCAUUUGCAGGAAUAUACUUAUUGGUGAAUUUUGCUCCAAAUAUAACUCAGAAUAUCUCAGCAAGAACAGUACAGUAUUUCUUUGUUGGCUGGCAGUUCCUGAUGUACUUGAUUUUAGAAAUAUUAAUUUUCUGCAUUCUCCUGUAUUGCCAUAAAAGAAAAGGAAUGAAGCACAUUGUGGUUCUGCUAACCUUGGUGGCACUUCUAGCUUCUUUGACUGUUAUUUCAGUAAAGGCAGUCUCAGGCAUGAUCACUUUUUCUGUGACGGAUAAAAUGCAACUAACUUAUCCCAUCUUCUAUAUCAUGUUUAUCAUCAUGAUAGCAUCUUGUGUUUUCCAAGUCAAGUUCCUGAAUCAAGCUAUGAAACUCUACAAUAUGACGAUGGUGGUACCUGUUAACCAUAUUUUCUUUACAACCAGUGCCAUUCUCUCAGGUAUCAUAUUUUAUCAGGAAUUCCUUGGUGCAGCUUUUCUCACUGUAUUUAUAUAUCUUUUUGGGUGUUUUCUGUCAUUCCUUGGAGUGUUUUUGGUCACAAGAAACCGAGAAAAGGAACAUCUGCAACAGUCUUACAUUGAUUUUGGAAAUAUUCCUGGGAAACAAAUGUUGGACAAAAUACAACCCGAUUCAAAUGACUUAUCCUAUGGAAGUUUGCCUGAUGGAAGUGACUCAACAACGAGCCAGAGUGGAGAGAAGAAAAAGGUCUAA